CGGUCCGAGCGCCGUGUCAACUUAGAGAAGCUGACAUCGUGUUGAGCUAAGUUUAGCUACGUUUAGAUAAGUUUAGCUAAGUUUAGCUAACUUCAGUUAAUGUUGAACUGUUUGUAACUGUGUUCAUUUAUUUGAUACGAGAAACUGGGAACGUUUCUCACUCUGGAGACGGAGACAUGUCGCAAAGGUCAUACAAUAAAUUGUGGGCCGAUGUCCAGUUAGAGUUGAGUCGUCUGCUGGAAGAGGAGCUGCCUGAUGAGCCCCUUCGUCCAGAAAAGGACAGGGUGGUGUUCUUCCAGCGUGUGGCCAUGUUUUAUGUGCGCUACCUCCAAAUCUUCAGAAAGCUGGAGGAGAUCUAUGACCAGGUCAUCCACCCUCAGAAGAGACGAUUAAUUCGGACAAUUCUUGAUGGUGUGAUAGGGAGGCUGUUGGAGCUGAAGAAUGAAAUGGUGGAGAAAGAGUUUUCAGAGUACCACUACAUGGACGACAUCGUUCAUGAUUUAAAGCUCAGUCCUGCAGACCUUGAAAUCCCAAUUCCUCGGUAUUUCAUCACUGAAUGCAGCAAAGAAUUCCAAGAACGAAAGACAAUGCUGACAGAUAUCCUUAAAUUGGUGGAAGUUACUGAAAGCCUAGAACCUCUAAUGGUCAAGGACAUGAGUCCGGAGAAGGCCAUUAAGAUCAUUCAAAUUGCGGAGAGGGCCCGCCAAGGACGCCUGAGGGCAAAGUUGAAUGAAGAGAGCAGAAAUAUGAACAGGAUGUACAAGACCAAGGACCCUGGAGCAGCUGACAUUGAGUCGGCUGCAAUCUGCAUUCAGAAGGUGUGGAGAGGUUACGUACAGAGGAAGAGGACAAAAAUUGCUCGGGAGGAAGAGAUGAUUUUUCUGGGAAUGGCCAUGGAUCCAAAAUAUAAGGUGCCACGCCCUGCAGAAAUCGCUGCCAAAGCCACAGAAGCUUGCAAUCGGAUUAAACAGCAAGAGCAUGAAGAAGACUACCAAAAGUCAAUAGUAGCCAUUUCAAAACAACUACUAGAUGUGGAGGGUCAUGACAUGAGCAACACCAUGAAAGACCAAAUCCGACAGUGGUUCAUUGAAUGCCGCGAUGCUACCGGCUCAUUUCCAGACUACCCCGAUGCAGAGGAUGGAGGCUCAGCUCUCAUUUUUGCAGAGAAGAAUCCUCAGCAGUUAAAGGAAGAAAUUGCUGCAAAGGAAGAGGAGGAUUCAAACAACAGGCCAAAAGGAAAGGAAGAAAAGAAGAAAAAUGGGAAGAAGGACAAGGGGAAAACCGACAUAGAAGAAGAGGAGGAAGGGUUGAAGAUGCUACCUUCGGCUUUUCUGCCAGACUUGGAAGUGGGAAACAAAACCUUUGAAGAUUUUUGGCAAAACCGCAACGAGUCCAAAAACUUUGUUCAGCGGCACGAGGUGGAGCUGAUCAAGGAAGAAAAGAGGAAAGUCAUUGAGGCAGAGAUUCUACUACAGGUGGACGUUCAGAUGAGACAGGAGCUGGCUGAAUGGAAACUGGCUGUGGAUAAAGACAAGGGUGGUAAGACCAAAGGAAAUGCCAAGAAAAAGAAAGGAUCUAAGAGUGGAAAGAAGAAGAAAAAGGAGAAAGAUCUGACCGCUGAUAGGACUCUUGAGUCUCUGUGUCAGGAGCUUGUGGAACAGGGCUUGUUGAAAAAGCCAAAUAAUGUGGCGCUGCAGGAUUAUUUAGGUGAUUACAGCUACCUUGGGACAACACUGAGGCAAUAUGACAUUGAGCCCAUGCCGUCACUGUCGGAUGUACGACAAGUCUUAACUUUAUAUGGAAUUUUACCAUUAGGCUCUCAGGUGGUUCAUGAAAAGGCUCCUCUGAUAAAGGCCAUACUACUAACAGGGCCGACAGGUGUAGGUAAGAAGAUGCUGGUCCACGCCAUCUGCCAGGAGACAGGGGCCAACCUCUUCGAUCUGUCAACUCUGAACACGGCAGGAAAGUACCCAGGCAAGAGUGGCCUCGCCAUGAUGCUUCACAUGGUCUUUAAGGUUGCAAGACUGCUGCAACCUUCUGUAAUAUGGAUCGGAGAUGCAGAGAAAAUGUUCUACAAGAAAGUCCCCAAGGAAGAAAAAGAGUUAGAGCCCAAGCGGUUGAAGAAAGAUUUGUCCAAGUCCCUUAAGUUGAUCAAAGGGGAAGAUCGGGUUCUGAUAGUCGGAACAACUCGAGACCCUCUAAGUGCUGACAUUAAGUCACUGUGUAAAAUGUACAGCAAAAUCCUCCUCAUCCCAAGACCUGACUACGGAUCCAGAUAUAUCCUGUGGAAACAACUGAUCACAAAGCAGGGAGGCGAGGUGACCAAGGCAUUGGACCUCAGCUCUCUUGCGAAGAUUUCUGAUGGCUACACUCCAGGUCACAUGGUGCAGGUGGUCCAGAGCGUUGUCACCAAGCGUCGCGUCCUGCAGCAGGCAAAAAGACCCCUGACCGCUUCAGAGUUUGUUCCCCCUUUGGCCAAGAUGGACCCUGUGUUUCAGGAAGAGGAAGAGGCCCUUAAAAACUGGUAUGCAAAGACCCCUCUGGGAAAGAAGAGGAUUAAAGCUGCCACUGGAAAGGAAGAAGAAGAAGCUCCGGACAAAAACAAAGAUGCAAAGAAGAAGAAAGGAAAGAAAUAAGUUAUAAAUUUGUUAUCAUGUUCAUGUGUUUUUUGUCUCUCUCUCUCUCUCUCUCUCUCUCUCUCUCUCUCUCUCUCUCUCUCUCUCUCUCUCUCGACAGUUACACAACUGUAACCUUUGUUCAGUUCCCAAGAAAAGGUACUAACGUUUAUUUUGUGACCAAACCCAUUCUAUUUGAGUCCUUAUCACUAAUUAAAAUGCUUUCAAAUAUGUUGGAUUUUUUUUCAUGAAGAUCUAUAAAUUAUUCUCUGGAAAACUGUGAAAAUUUGUAAUAACAAACAAAAACAAUUCAGGGGUGAAAACAUAACCUUUUUGGCAGAGGUAAAAAUCUGCCUGAAUGUUAUAGUCACAGGCGCUCAUAUACAACCAACUAAACUACAUACUCUUGAUGAAUAUGAUCUAAAAGAGAAUCAGUGGCCUAUAGGACAGACUCGUAUUGCUAUAGUUAUCAGAGCUUGGGCCAUGCUGUAAUUAGACGUGCCACGAUUGGCCGUUUGAUUUCAGUCAAGGGCAUCUGUUUUAGUGUAUGGCUACAGCUGCCUGGCUCUGACACUUCGUUAAGAGUACUACAUUUGGGAUGUUGUUGGCAGAAAUAACACACUAUCACAAUGGCCUCACACACAACACCUGUAUUGAGUGUUUUAUUGGCGUCACAGUCUGGGCUUAUUAGUAGAUGACAACAGUAGGUGCAUGUUUGACUGUAUGUGUUGUAAACCUUCCUAUAUUAUUUCAUUAUGACUGCUGUCAGAUGUAGAGAGUCUGGACCAGAGGAAAUGUGACACACAGGACAGGGGGGGCGGUUGUUUCCAAACACAGAUCCAGAGGCUUAGGUGGACUGUUCAGCUGUUUUGUCGAGUUCUAAAUUCACUCAACACAUCCUCACAUUGCCUUGGUUCCUUUAACAUGUCUCUAUUUUUAGGUCAUGUGCACCAUCAAUAGGAUGCUGCACACGUGAAGGCCCACAUUUCAAGAUGGCAGGUUGAUCUUAGAGUCAUCUUCAAUCUCCCAGGACAUGAUUUAAAAAACGUUUCUUCAAGCAACACCCCUGUAUAAAAACACCACACAGUUUA